CAUCAUCAUCAACAACAACAACAAUCAUCUUAUAGGUAGAAAACUGAAUGAAUAAAAAAAAUUAGAGAGAAGAAUGAUUGAUGAUUUAUUAUAGUGAUUUAUUACUGACUGCAUUAUUGUAUAAAGAAAAGGCAAAGAUCACAGAAAUAAUGCCUGAAGAAGAUAAUAAAGGAGAUCCAAUGGAUCUAGAUUAAGACAUACAUAUUUCUAAGCCACAUAAAACAAAAACAAGAUGUAAAUAAUACACACAACAAUAAGCUAAAUAAAAAGAGAACCGUUAUAGUCAAAUUAAACCUUGCUACAUUCCUCAUUUUAUAUAAAUCUACACCUUCCCCCCUCCUCUCUCUUUUUAUAUUCUUUUGAUUAUAUUGUGAAGCCAGCCAUGUCCUUUUGUAAAAGAGUUAUCUGCGGCAAAGUGAUCAUUUUAUUUGGAACCAUAGCUAUUUUAUUAUUAAUUUUUAUGCCGGCAAGACAUGUAUCUUUAAGUGACCUUGAACAUGUCAUCACCAACAUGUGUAAAAACCAUGCCAAAACACCUUUACCCGAAAGCCUGAAAGUCAGCUACUUAUUCGGCAUGAAUGACACGCUGAUAAAGAGUGACACAAGACUAAAAGAAGACGUCUGGGCGAAUUUACCAGCCAAGGGCGCAUUUUACAUGAUGACUAGAAACGAAGAUUUGAUGAAAGCAAGGAUGACAAUGAAGAGCAUCGAAGAAAGAUUCAACUCGAAACUAAACUCGACUUAUCCUUGGAUCUUUUUGAAUAACCAACCUUUUACUUCUGAAUUUAAAAGAUUCAUUAAAAGGACUGCGACCAAUCCAGAUCAAGUUUACUUUGGACACGUCGAUUUAGAUGCUUGGAAUUAUCCUCCCUGGAUAGACGGUGUUCGUUCUCAGGCACUCUUUUCUAGCUUUAGAGAUGUUGUCACUCCUAGAGUGAGCCGUCCUUCUUAUGGUAACUAUCUAAGAUAUCAAUCCGGUCUAUUCUUUUAUCAUCCCUUGUUUGAUGAUGUAGACUAUGUAUGGCGGGUAGAUGCAGGAUCGACCUAUCAUUGUGAGAUGUUUAUGGAUGAUCCAUUUGUUACCAUGCAAACAAACAACAAAUCAGUUGGAUUUGCAUUAACAGAAAAGGCAACAAGUGAAAUUACGCUCUUCAGCCUAUGGCCAGUGACUAACCAUUUCAUGGGCCUAUAUCCACACUUGAUCGAACCCAGUGAAGACUCUAUUUUCUCUUGGUUAAUGAACAACAACAAUGAAUAUAACUAUUGUCAAAUAUCCACAAGCUUUGAAAUUGUCAACCUGUCGUUCUUAAGAUCAGAGGAAUACAGGACAUUGUUUUAUUAUUUAGAUCUUGUCGGUGGCUUCUUUUACGAAAGAUGGACAGAUGCAGCCGUACGGACAAUAGCAACUGCCUUAUUUUUGAACAGACAAGAUAUUCACUUUUUUAAUGACGUCGCUUUUACUUUAAAUGAUAAAGCGCACUGUCCACUUGAUUUUACUCUUUUAGAACGCUGUAGCUGUGACUAUAAAGACAGUUUUAAUUACCGUAAAAGCAGUUGUACUCUUGAUCUGCUGCAAUUGAUCGAUCCUGCUUCAAUAGAUGACAUGGUCAGUUUUGCUAAAACUGUAUUAUCGCAGAAAUAAACAUUCCGCACUUUUCAUUUCAAUUGCACAUUGACGCGGUACCUCAUCAAUAACUUAAAUACAACAACAACUUUAUACAUAAACUACCAUACUCUUUUCCUUACAUGUGAUUGACAACGAUUUACAAGGAGCAAACCUUUCAAUGCCAAGGCCAUACAAUAUUGACAUGCUG